UUGAACAGGUUUACUCACCAAUAAAGGAUAUUAAGACUCUAGAAAUGGGCUUUUGAUAGACAUUAAUAAUACAUUGUUGCAAUGAAUUAUGCAAUACUGAUAAUAGGACCUUUUUGUAUUCCUCUGUAUGGUCGAUACAAAUUGGCUGUUAAUUAAGAUUAAUAGUGAAAUUUAAUAGCAUCCAAAGAGACUCAUACGUAACACAAAUUGACUUAUUAUUCUAGACUCCAUUCGUAGGAUAUCAUAUACAGACACGUAAAGAGCAUCAUUCAUUUCUAACUUGAGAAAAUACUUUACUAAAGGUAAUUUUGUAUAUUUCGUAAUUAAAAUGUGUUGACAUUAGUGUCCAUAUAUUUACUAAGCAAACAUAUGAUUACAAAUAAUUCAAAUCAAUUUGAAAUCAGCUAACAUUUUAUAGCAGAAUGCAUAUAUAAUAAAAUAUCAUGUAUAGUGGCAGAGUUUUAUUUUAUGCAUUUAUUAAUGUCUUUAUCACGAAAGUUCUUCGGAAAAACAUAUAAAUAUUCAUAAUUAUCUACCUAAGAGAGUAUAGUAGAUAUUUAUAAGAUUUUAAUCUUUAUGGCAUUGGAUACAGUAACGAGAAAAAGAACAUUUAUAAAAACUACAGACACAUCCCUCUUCUGGUAUUGAGACAAAUUGUUGUUCAAACCCCAAAUAAUCAAGAACAAAGAUUUAAAGUUGAGUGUAAUACAUACAAACUUCGUACUUUCAUUCUAAUUUUGUAUACACCCGAGGGAGUUGUUUUGUGAUGCCUUGUUCUUUGUCAUUCAUAUUUGAGCAACUCCCAACUGUUUAUUCACAUUCGCCAGUAUUUCGUAAGCAUGAAGGACCUGAUAAAGAACUCCGAUCGAUGGAAUUGAUUGGUGUGAUACUUUUAUCUCUUUCUUACUCAUGAGCUUGCAAAGCCUUAAGCAACUUCAGACACGGGCUUUCGGUUUCAGUCGUGCUAGAACAGCCGUAGAGGUGAGUUCACAAGACUGUGGAGCACAUCCCUCUGACUUUGUGUCACAGACUAGGUGAUAAAUUAAAUAAUAAUACCUGUCACAGAAUAAUUUCAAUCACAUUUAAUCAAGUAAUGAGUGAGUUAAUAAAUUCAGUUUAUAAAUCAUAUCAGUUAAUUUGAAAUCAUAUAUAUAAAAAUUUUUCAUGAUCAAAAUUGUACAUAAGAAAAAUGUGUAAUGGUUUUUUGUAAUAUUUAUUAUCAAUGUCAUAUAACGUACAAGAUUCCAGUGCUAGCACCGGCACCGGGAGAAAUGUUGGGAGCGGUGGAAUUCGUGGUAACAUCGGUGGAGGAAAUUGCGAUGGGGUGGAACGAAGAAUGGUCGACAUUACGCGAGAUAAGCCAAUCAAAGUUGCUGUCAGGGUACAAGUCCCUGUCCGGGAUCACCCAAAGUUUAAUUUUGUCGGAAAACUAUUAGGACCAAAAGGUAACUCUUUGAAGCGGCUUCAAGAAGAGUGUGGCUGUAAGAUGGCUGUUUUAGGUCGUGGUUCAAUGAAAGAUCGUCAAAAGGAGGAGGAGCUGCGAGCAAGUGGUGACCCAAAAUUCUCCCACCUUAACGACGAUCUUCACGUUGAAAUCAGCGCCUAUGCAACUCCUGCUGAAGCACAUGCCCGCAUUGCUUACGCUCUCGUCGAAGUUCGGCGCUUUCUAGUCCCGGAUUACAAUGAUGAUAUUAGGCAAGAACAAAUGUGGGAAAUGCAGAUGAUGAAUUGUAAUGAAAACAAUAAUACAGAUAUACCAUCAAGUCCUGAGACAUCAUCAGAACCAACUGGAUCUCCAAUUUCUAGUAAAACCAGCCACUCUGCUGAUGUUCAAGACGUUUCUGGAAAAUCAGUGGCUUCGUUAUGCACCUCAUCAACACUCGGGUGUCGUAAACGUCCUGGAAAUCGACCAACCGUAUCCCCAAUUAAACGAACAGUCAUGUCACUACUAACGCGAGCACGAGCGGUACAGAAUAAAGAACAGCCAGUAAGCCUCAGUCACAAUGGUCCAGGAAUUCAUCAAGCCUCCGUUGCUUUGUUGACUUCAACUACAAAUCCAUCACCUCAUCCAGUAGCUCAAGUGCCAAGAAUUCAAUUGAUUGGAUCUUCUGUUCCUCAACAUACAACAGUUCGACGACAAAUUAUUCCAACAUCGCACACACAGCAUCAAAUGUUAACUCCAGCAAUCCAUGGAUUGAUUCAUACCCAAAGAGUCGCUAGCGGGCCGGCAAUUCUUCCACUUUUACGAGAGGAUCUCGUUGCUGGGGUUAAUCUUGUUUAAUCUUUGUGACGGCUACAAGGUACAAAGGUUUUCCAAGUGAUAAAAAAAUUUACAGAUUUGAAAUCUCUGUGAAAUUGCAUACAUUUUUUAGCGAAUAUCAACGACUUUUUAGAGUUGAACAGUUUCACAUUCUCUUUUUGGAUUUACUGAAAAAUCCGAAGAAACUCUAGUCAUUUUCCUAAACAUUGUGAUCAAUAUUUCCAAUUUACUAGCAUUUAAAGCUUCAAUGUAAAGUUUCUUUAAUGUAUAUUGAAAUAUUAUGUGAUUAUUAAAUA